CACUUCUCUACCUGUGUAUGGUGAAAUAGUGCUGUAUGCACGACUUAUGCAUUUGAGUUUGGCUGUUACUUCAUUUUUGUGAGACCGCGCGUGCGUUUGUGUACUGCUGAACACCGGAGCGCGCGCACUUAAAGUGUUUGAACUGGGAUUCGGUGCAGUAACGGUGGUGUGUGAUCGGUUUGAUGUAUGCAUUGACUGAUCAGCCAUGGUGAAGGGAGACGUUAAUAAACCCAAAGGAAAGACGUCUGCGUACGCUUACUUCGUCCAGACCUGUCGCGAUGAACACAAGCGCAAGAGUCCCGACGUGCCGGUCAACUUCUCGGAGUUCUCCAAGAAAUGCUCAGAGAGAUGGAAGACCCUGAACGCUUCAGAGAAGAGCAAGUUUGAAGACAUGGCGAAAGUAGAUAAAGUACGUUACGACAAGGAGAUGAAGUCUUACGUGCCGCCCAAAGGUGUCGGAAAGACGGGCAGAAAGAAGAAAGACCCCAACGCCCCGAAACGGCCCCCAUCUGCGUUCUUCGUCUUUUGCUCUGAAUUUCGGCCGACGGUGAGGAGCGAGAACCCCAAUCUGUCCAUCGGAGAGAUCGCGAAGAAGCUGGGAGAGUUGUGGUCUAGGCAGAGCAGCAAAGACCGCGUACCCUACGAACAGAAGGCCAUGAAACUGCGUGAGAAAUACGAGAAGGACGUCGCGGCAUACCGCGCAGGGGGCGGAGCUGCGGAUAAGAGGGGGCCGGGUCGACCCACAGGCUCGGCUAAAAAAGUCCAGGUAGAUGAUGAUGAUGGAGGGAGGAGGGAGGAUGAUGAAGAGGUGGACGAGGAUGAUGAUGAUGAGGAUGAUGACGAGGACGACGAAUAGAGUGUGUUUGUGUUUGAAGCAUCACUGGUGUUGGGGAGUGGUUUCGUUUUUUAUUAUUGUUUUUUUGUAUUUUUUACAUGUUAAUGUUUUUACACAGAAUGUCUCCAGCAAUAAUAAAAAUGCAAAAGGGUUUGUUAGAUUGCUUUUUUUUAUUUUUGUAUACGUCCAGCAGUUUAAUUCAACAAUGUGUAGAAUUUUUUUUUAUAAUAAAAUUUUACGUUUUUGAAAUAUUUGUUGGUUCCCGAUGAAUUUAUGAUGCUGGAUUUUGUUGAUAAAAGAUCACUAAGGUCUUGAAAGAAAGCUGGUGACUAAUUAAUGGGCAGAUAGAAUAACAAUAUAUGGAUUUUUCAUAUUCAACGCUAUUAUUGUCUUAGGGCCAUUUCUGACACGGGACCGUUGAAGAAUGUGUCAAAAAUUAUUUUCGGUCCUGGAACCAAAGGUUGUGACUGUCAAGACCAUCCAAACAAACAAAAUAAAAUAUAUAUAUAUAUA